AUGUCCACCAUCCCGCUCUACAUCGCCAUAACUAAGGGUGAUGGUGUCUUCAAGCAAUGGGGUCUCUUCAUCGACGAUGAGAACCAGAAAAAUAAAACUGUUCUCCAAGUGAAGGGAUCGGAUGGUCAAUUUCGGUACGAACCUGAAACGAAAGAUGCACGAAGGUCGCCCGACAUAGUAGAUUUGAUCUAUGUCUGCAAUGUGGACGUCAUGAAAGCCAACGAUAUUAAGAGGGUCGCAAGCGAAGCUGCUGUUCACAAUGACAUUUCGGGGUGGAAUUGUCAGGAUUAUGUGCUUGAUCUUAUGGAAUUGUUGGAAGAGACGGGGGUGUUGGAUGGUAGCGAUGAGGAAUAUAGGAGGCACAUGGAUUUUGUGAGAGGCAUACAGGAGGGUUUGGCUUAG